UUUUUUUUUUUGCCUAUCUCCUUUUUAACUGUACUUCUAAAAAAGAUGCCAUUGAUAAAUACGAUGUAUGGUGUUACUUCUCCUUCUUCUUAUUUAAAUGAAGUAAGUUUAAAGGUUGCAUAUAAUGUUUGUGGAUGUUUCUUAAACUGGUUGUAGAUGAAUAGCUUCAACGAAAGAUUUUCUUCAAGAAAUCUAUUACAAGAAGAAGGUGAAGAAUCAUCAAGAACAAGAGGAGUCGAUAUUUAUCGGUUGGCAGUAAGAGCAAAUGAUGAAAUUUUAGAAGAUUUGGCAGCUAUUAUAAGGAUCCUAAGACAAAUAAAUGCUCUUUAUCGCAUACUUCAUCAUACAAAUAGAGAUAAUUUUGAAUUAUUAAGAAGUGAUGAAAGUGGAAGACGAAGAACAUUAUUUGCGUAUAACUUUAUAAAUGAUGAUAGUGAUGAAGAAGGAGAAGAAAACAAAGAAGAAGAAGAAGAAGAAGAAACGAAUGAAUUACUUGAAGCAGGAUUGGAAAGUUUACAAGCUAUAUUAACUUGUGAAGAAGAAGAAGAAGAUCAACAGGUACAUAGAAGAAAGCAGUCCACCUUAGCCUUAUUAUCGCUUAUUACAUACCAGCAUAACCAUUGUUCAGAAAAGUAUCUUCGACGUUAUUUAAAUCCAAAUGGUGAAUAUAAUCCUAAAUUAGCAAUAUUGGCCGCUGCUAUUUAUGACGAAGAUGAAGAUACAUCACCAAAAUCAUGUCAAGAUAUUAUUCUAGCAGCAGAAGAAUUAUAUGGUCCAGAUUGGUUAGAAGAAUUUGAUGAUGAAGAAGAAAAAGAAGGAUUUUCAUUCAAACGGUUACUAGAGAAACUUACAUUUGUUGCUAAAAUCAGAUUGAAAGUACGUGAUGCAAAUUCUCCUAUUGCGAUUCGUUAAUAAUGUUUUUUUUCAAUGUACUUUAUAAAAUAAAGUUGUAUUAAAGCAAAUAUCUAUAAAUAAAUAAAGUAGCCAAUAAACAUUUUUCUGUGGUCCUUUUGUGUGUGUGUGUGUGUGUUUAGCUAAUAAAGAUAAGAAAUAUUUAUAGCUUAUAACAGAAUAAGGAUCAUUAGAUCUUUUUU